AUGGCCGUGAACGACGACAACUACCAAGCCAUGGACCCUCCGGCCCCGGAGCCCAAGUCGUGGAAGCACAAGGUCCUGACGUCGCUGACCUUCUGGAUCAUCGUUGGCAUGGUCAUCGGCAUCAUCCUGGGCGAGUUCGCCCCCACGUUCUCGGAGAAGGCCGCCCCCAUGAAGAACAUCUUCCUGCGCCCCAUCCAGUUCGUCGUGUUCCCGCUCGUCUUCUCCUCUCUCGUGGUCGGUAUCGCUGACCAGAAGGACAUGAAGCAGCUCGGUCGCCUUGCUCUCAAGUCCAUCAUCUACUUCGAGGUGGUCACCACACUGGCGCUGAUCAUCGGCCUCUUCGCCGUCAACAUCGUCAAGCCCGGCAAGGUCGGUAUCACCGAGGGUGACGCUUACGACAGCGACUCGACGUCCUCGUUCACGUUCGAGACGUGGAUCGAGCACCUGACCCCCAAGACGUGGGGCGAGAUGAUGGGCGGCGAGGGCUCCUCCGAGCUGCUCCAGGUCCUGGUGGCCGCCAUCCUCACCGGUAUCGCUACUUCUAUGCUGAACGAGCACCACAAGAACCUCAUCCUCGAGUUCGCGCGUGCCAUUCUCGAGAUGAUGUUCAAGUUCGUGGACAUCGUCAUCUGGUCGGCACCCGUGGGUGUGUGCUUCGCCAUUGCCGAUGCGAUCGCGUCGAACGGUCUGUCGGCGUUGGGAGGUCUGGGUGCACUCAUCGCCACCGUCUACGUGACCAUCAUCCUGUUCAUUGUCGUCGUCUUUGGUGCGGUGUGCUUGCUGUUCAAGAUCAACCCGGUGGAGUUCCUGGUCGCCAUGAAGGAGCCACUCAUCAUUGCCUACACGACGGCGACGUCGGAGGCCGCUCUGCCCAAGGUGUUCGAGGCUCUGGAGAAGUACGGCGUGUCGACGCACAUUUCGGGCUUCGUCGUGCCCUUCGGCUACUCGUUCAACUUGGAUGGAUCGACGCUGUACCUGUCGCUGGGCUCGGUCUUCUGUGCCCAGGCUGCUGGUGUGCACAAGUCUAUCGGUGAGCAGAUCGUCAUGGUGUUGAUGCUCAUGGUUUCGUCCAAGGGCGUGGCCGGUGUGCGUUCCGCUGCUAUUAUCGUGAUGGCGUCGACUUUGGACCAGUUCGACAUCCCGUCGUGGCCCGUGGCUCUCAUUCUUGGUGUGGACUGGAUCAUGGACAUGCUGCGGACGUUCACUAACGUUAUGGGCAACUGCCUGGCCUCGGUCGCUAUGGCCAAGACGGAGAACGCUUUCCGCACGGAGGAGUGGGAGCGCGAGUACAAGCAGCUGUACGGUGGCGGUGAGGACAAGGUCAGCGUUGUUGCCGAAAAGAUGAGCGUUGUGUCUGCGGUGUCGGCCGUCGAGGAGGGCCGUCACUAA